AUGCAUUCGCUGCUUGUUUGUAUUUCAGCGCUUUGGUUUUGUCAGCUUUGCGAAGCGGCUAUUGGAGCUCAACUCUGCCAGGAUUGUCGUGUGACUGUGAUAUAUCCUGGUGGCGAAAGAGGAAACCAGCAGUUGUCAGAAAACCGUCAAAUAGUUCGAAUAAUCAACAAAUACAAGCCAAUCAGAAGGCAGGAACUGGAAUAUCAAGAUGAGAUCGGGAUGCGCCACUUGCAAUUCAGCUUUAUUGCGAAGAUAAAGGUGGGAAAUUCGGUACGAUGCAGUGCAGCCUUGGUGGCUCCCAGUUUGGCGAUCACCUCCAGUAAUUGCUUUUCAAACGACUUCUUUAAACCGCUGGAAAUUAUCUUCACCGGCGGAAGCACUAUCGCCGUGGAUAAUGUAGUCAAAGCGGAUUUCUGUCCUGAGCUUAGCAUUCUUCAUUUGAAGAAACCCUCUGAAAUCAAUCCAAUUGCUCUAUGCCAAUUUGACCUACCAUUGGGCACAAGAGUAUCAAUGAUGAUGGCCACUUCGGAUCUCAGAUAUUACGGCCGUCGGAGAACUGAAAUAAUCUCAAAUCGCGCCUGCAAGACAACAUUCCUAGAAGAGGAUUCCGUUUUUAUAACUUCCAGUAUGAUGUGUGCAAAAAACUCAAUGAAUCCGGAAAUGUGUGCCACUUCUCCGGGUGAUGUCUUACUUAUAGACCAUCAAUUAUGUGGCUUAAACGUCUAUGGAUUUCGCUGUUUUCAAAAUGCACUCAAUGGUGAUCUGUUCAUAAGCCUAGGCAAACUGCAGCCCAUGAUCGGCGAUUUGAUCCGGAAACUUAGCGGUUAA